AUGAAAUAAAAUAAUUAUAAAACAUCUUAAGUCGAUCUUUCUAGUAUUGCUGAAUAAUCAAAUACUCAAUCAGAUGUAGAAUUAGAGCAGAUAGACAUGGCUAAAAUGAAUUGUUAUGAUUAUUAUACAGCUAAGGAUCCUUUAUCCACUCAAGUCUUCUAAAUUGAAGGGGAGCUUCAUUUUAAAGAGAUUUUUAAUCGCUUGUUGAAGAAUGUCCUCGAAAAAGCAUAAGAAAAUGAAAUUUUAAGAAAAUUGCCUAAUGUCUCUACUUCUAAUUCAUUAUAUCUUUUGGUAAUGCCUUUAGUUUAGGUAUUCUAUAAACCUGAAAAUCAUAUUAGAGAUAUUCAAAGUGGUGGGUUAGGUGAGGACUUUGAACCUGUACAUAAUUUAAUUAUUUUAAGUUACACAUUUAGCAUGAAUAAUGGCUGACAUCUAAAAUUAAUAUCUAAAUAAAACCUGAAAAUAGGCCGAACACUUGUUAAACAUCCAGUCCUAUGAUAUUUGCAAAAUCUAAAUUUUAUGUAUUUCAAUCAUUAAAUUUAGGAUUAAACAUAAUCUAUGAAAGAAAAGAAAUAAUUAGAUCCUAUGCCUAUAGAUUUAGUUGAUCCAUUAGAUAUCAGUAUCACAGAAGAGUAAUUAAGAAAUGAAAAAGAAAAGUAAAUAUAGGAAAAAUUAGAAUUAAAUGAGGCAGAAAAAAGAAGAAAACUUAAAGAAGAAAAAGAAGAAUAAUUAAAAUAUGAAUUGAUGGCAAAAGAUAAAAAAUCUAAAUAAUAUACAUAUGAUUAUGAUGGCAAAUUGAUAUCUGUUAAUCCAGCUAAAGGAAUUAAAUUGCCACCUCCUGCUUCAACUUUGGCGUACAAUUCAAUAUUUUUUAAGAUCCAAAUUUGAAGAAGAUCUAGCUGCCAAAAUAAAUCCAAAAAAAAAAUAUAAUAAAGUUCCUUAUAAUAUUAAAAAAAAUGAUGACGAGAAGGAUAAGGAAAAGGAUACAUUAAAAUUUAAUUAAAUAGCUCCUUUAGUUGUAGAAAAUAUGCAUUUAUAACCAGGAAUUGUAGUUAUUCAUGAAGGUAGAAUCAAAGAGGGUAACAGACCGGCAAAGGAUUCAAUUAUGAUAGAUUCAAGAGACUGACACAGUAAUCAAACAUUUAAUUGGGGGUUAUAAAGUAAUCUUAAUUAAUGAGCAAAUAGAAUCAACUCAACUAAAAUAUUUGAACAAUUAGCACAAGCCUUUUUAGAAGAUCCUGAAGAUUUCCAAAAAAUUAUUCAUUAACAAACAUCAAAAAGCUCUUAAGAAAACACUUUAAAAGGAAUUAAAAAUCCAGUUGAUUAAUUUAAUUUAUCCUUACAUAAAAAUACUCUUGUAAUCCGAGACCAACAAUAUGAAAUUGGGAUAAAUUAUGAAAAAUUGAAAACUCAUAAAGCUACUUCAAGGUAAUGGUUAAAAUCAUUUUAGAGAUUUAAAAUCUUCUAUCGGUUCCAAAACCAAUAGGCCAAGAGAAAGAAAAAUGUAAUCAGAAUAAACCACUCUACCUACAGUGAGGAGCCAAAGAACCUUUAAAUUAUGA